GAAUGCCCUACCCUACCUCCAAGAAUGCUCAAGCGUGCCGCUGACUAUACUGUCCCCUCCCUGAACGGUUCUGGUGGUGGUGGCCCAUGCAUCGUUGACGAGGUCCAGCCACAGAAGGCACGAUCCACAUUCACUUACAUGACGCCCAGUGGAGUAGGAUCACGACACUCGACGAAUAGCAGUAGCACAAACAGUAUGACUGGGCAUAUUCAGAAGGAUACGACCCUUACAAAAAUAUUCGUUGGUGGCCUUCCGUACCAUACGACAGAUGACAGCUUGCGGUGUUUUUUCGAACAAUUCGGACCGAUUGAGGAAGCAGUUGUGAUUACGGACAGACAAACUGGGAAAAGCCGGGGAUAUGGAUUUGUCACUAUGGUCCGAAGUGAGGAUGCCUUGUUGGCUAUUCGAGAUCCCAACCCCUGUAUCGACGGCCGAAAAGCAAACGUGAAUUUGGCAGUGUUGGGUGCCAAACCGCGCCUUAUGCCUGGAGUGUGGGCUGUUUUGUUAUGUGGCUUUGACACUUGGCCUAUUCGAACAGCGGAACUGAGACGUCUUCAGAUGUUCGACAGUCGCUGUCUCAGAACCAUAACUUGUGUGGGUUGGUGUCGGCGAGUCCGUAACGAGGCAGUUAGAAAGCGCGUUUUCGAUUGUGCAACGGGUACUUCCAUUGAAGAAUGUGUCCAACACCAGAAGCUGCGUUGGUUGGGACAUGUGUUGCGAAUGCCGAAUCAUCGCUUGCCGAAGAGAGUGCUGCUUUCCAUGCCCAAUUCAGAGUGGCAUAAACAGAGAGGUGGCCAACCCUUGACUUGGCAGAGGAGUAUGAACGAGACCACGAAAAGCUUGGGUGCUGUCGGUGCUACUCGCCUUCCAGGAUGGGUACCGCGUAUCCUCACUGUGCCUGGUUGGAGACACUACAAGAUAUGGCUUCCAGCCGAUGUCAGUGGCGUUCUUGUUGUCAGUCUCUAUCCAGAUUGCCUGAAGUGCUGGGAACUUUACGAAGCUGCCAGAGGUGGAGAACCGGAAUCACGCGAACUCACACUGACGAUGUUUCCUCGAUUGACUCUGAACGACGCCGCCGCCGCUGCUGCCAGUCAAGCCGGUCUCUACAGCGCCACUGGUAGCGGAUUUGUCAAUCCGUUGUUAGCGCAUGGCCUCUUGUCAGGGUUCGCCUUGCCAACGAUGGCGACCGCAUCGUCCACCGGUUUGAAUGGAUUGCUUCAACCCACAACGACCUUGGCCUCAGCGACAAGUGCUGUGGGGCCAGAUAGUCGUGCGCCUGCUCAAAUGGCCUUGAACGCAUUUAAUAGUGCGAACAUGCUUCUAAACUACCCGAAUCCGGCGAAUAAUGGACAAACGGCUAUGGCCAUGCCUACUGGUGGUUCGGGCACUUCGACGCUUUCUCCGACCGCAUUAACUCUUCUCAUGUCAGCUUAUGGACAAAAUUCCGCAGCCGCGUUGAAUGGUAAUCACUAUAUGGGUCACCAUGGGAUGGGAAAUCUACUGACGUUAGGCCAGACAACUCCCAGUACCUUAUCGCUUCCAGGGGCCGGCUACACGGCCACCCAACCUGCGGCUGCCUGUCCAAAUCGAGAUGCUGCGGCCAGUGCAGAGUUAAACGCCUAUUCCGCGGCUUUGGCCUAUCAGCGAUUAUUAACUGCCGCGUCGGGCUAUACACCUAUACAAUCACCCCUUCUGCCUGGAGCUGCCGGUGCACUGACCAUAUCACAAACCAAUCCAGCGAUGAACGGCUCGGUAACUCCCACGUUCGGAUACAGCACGGCACUGCCCGAUCAGAUGAACCCUCUGGCAAGUUCGGUGGCAGCGUUUUCCAAUGUGAUGCCAAACGGCUCGUUCUCAUCCGACUUGUCAAACGGUCCAAAGUCCAUAAACAACGACGUGCCUUCUAACGGGUCACCCGUGAACACGAGUUUACAAACCGCAAUGCAAAACGGUGGGUUACAAGCGCAAUCUGUGGCUGCAAAUGGUCAGAGAGAAAGUGUUGAUUGCGUUUCAGGUUCCAUGGCUUUCUAGAUCAUUCGACCUCCAGUUGGCUUCGCAGAAUCAGUGUAUACCGAACAUCUCAGUGCAGCGAGCCAAACUACCACUGCUCUGUUGACGUUCUCGAGCACCCACACAUCGCACACACACAUACACCCACCCACCCACACACGAGGCACUCCAAUAUAAUCAUUUAUUGUCAUUACUCGUGGUCCGUGCAUCUGCCAUACUUUCCUGUUUCUUUAUUGCUAAUGUCAACCUCCGCAAGCAUUCUUUGUGGACGUCAUCAUGUGAUAUGAUACCUGACCUGACUUUUGUCUAGUUCGCACUCACCUGUCGACUGUAAUAUUUUUGCUAAUCAAUCAGGUGUUGGGAUUAGCCCGAACUUCGAAAAAAAACAUCACCAACUUAGGACUACUCUGCACUGUAUUGCGGCCUAUGGUUGGUUUAUUUCCCCGACUUCCAACGAACCUCCACUACACUCAUUGGAUAGCCACACCAGCCAACCAAUCGUUUUCCACCAUCUGAACAGUUCUCACUACGCACGUAUCCGUACUAGGAUCACUCCCUUGUCCCAUAUUGUCGUUAAGGUUUCUUAUUAUUCUAUUCCUCAUUUUUUCUCUCGUCACAGCAGCAACACCAACAACGGCCUUUUCUAUCUUUAUUUUCUCUUAGUCUGUCUUCGAUACAGCAUUGUCACGAG